ACAGAUAUGUUAAUAUUAAUCCAUGAUUACAUAUACAGAUGAUGUGUUUAAAUAGAUUUAUUUAAGUAAACGUUAGUGUAAACAUAGAAUUAUUUGAGAAUUGAUUUACUUUUAAGCAGCUGCAUGACAAACCCAUUUUAACCUUAUCUUCUGCAAUCAUGAUAAUUGCCACAUCCUGACAGCGCCGGCGCCACAAGUUUACUUGGCACCGGCGCCAGGAGAAAUCUGUCAGUUGGUUUUAAGAUGAUGUUUAGAGUAGCAACUAUUAUCCUUCUCCUCAACCUUGCAGGGUUUAUCCACCCAGCUUAUGGAGGAGCUCAGUCCAUCUCAGAGCCUCAUGCACAGUCCCUUAGUCAGACUGGAAGAAGUUUAAAACCAACCCAGGCAGAAAACGAAGAGUUCUUCGAGAUGAUUGAGCAUCUUCUCUGGAUUACAGAUGAGAAGGAAGGAGCAGGAAGAAUGUAUUAUAGAAGACCAAGUGCAGGUUGGAUGGGGAUGAGAAGACCAAGGUUUCUCUCAGAGAGGAAUGGAGAACCAUCUUCUUUAUACAGAAAAGUUCUAGAGGAAUGCAACGGUUGGUUAUGCGCACUUGGGAUCAACGGUCUUGUUUAUAAAAUAGGCCGGAUGCUAGCUUGAUCUUGAACAAGAAAGGUCGGAUGCUGGCUUGAUCUUGAACAAGAUUGGUCGGAUGCUGGUUUGCUCUUGAACAAAAUUGGUCGGAUACUGGCUUUAUCUUGAACAAGAUUGGUGAGAUGCUGGCUUGAUCUUAAACAAGAUUGGUGAGAUGCUGGCUUGAUCUUGAACAAGACUGGUUUGAAGCUGGUUUGCUCUUGAACAAGAUUGGUCGGAUACUGGCUUGAUCUUGAACAAGAUUGGUCGGAUACUGGCUUGAUCUUGAACAAGACUGGUUUGAAGCUGGCUAGAACUUGAACAAGAUUGGUCGGAUACUGGCUUGAUCUUGAAAAAGACUGGUCGGAAGCUGACUUGAACUUAAACAAGAUUGGUCGCAUGCUGGCUUGAUCUUUUAAUUGAUCUAAAUUUAACCUUGUCUCCAAUCUAGUGCAAUAUUACGGAUAAAAAAUCCUAAAAUGUAAAUAAUGUUGAUACAAAUAGAAAUAUGAAAUACAUUCUGAAACAUGA